CCAGAGAGGCUCCAGCAGAUCGAGGACAUUCCUCUCUCUCUCUCUCUCUCUCUCUCUCCUACCAACAAUAAUGGCGGCAUCUUGUCGGAGAACAAGCGGACCGGUCCUGCGCUCCCUUUCACCUACCGGAAAAUUCUACGCCCCCUCGUUGCAUUCUUCCCCUCCGGCUCGAUCCACAAACUUCCACCGCAGGUCAGCCUCGCCAGAGAGCCUCAAUCUCCACGGAUCGGCUCCGGCGGUGCCUUCCGUACCGUUCUGUCUCGACAGUCCAAUCUCCCAGGGGCGAUCGAUCUCCUUGAACCAAAUGGCAAAGAAGCCAACCGGAAAUCCGGAGAUUCGGAAGCGGUCGUGUAUGUGCUCGCCGACGACGCAUCCAGGCUCGUUUCGGUGCAGUUUGCAUAAGAAUUUCGGUAACCAGUCGGUAACGUAUCCGUCGAGUCGGCUGAAUACUCGGAGGUCCGCGAUGGCGAACUCACAGGUCCGAAUUGGGAGCGUUGAAGGUGAUCUCGUGAAGAGAGCCUUAGCGGUUCUGAUUCGGCCUUCGUCUCGCCAACAACGCCGCCGCCUGCCGUUCCAUCCGACACCGAGCCGGCUGUCGCUCAUGUGGAAACCUGAGGCAUUGUAAUUAUGACUGUAUUGUAUAUUGACAAUCAUCUCUUGUGUCACACGGAUCUACCGAAAUCCUCCGAAUCUGACAUAGACAGAGCUAACGAGCUCGCGGAGGCGACAGGCGGUGCUGAUGAAGAGAGUACGUAGCAGUAGAAAUUUAGGUCACUGACGAUGACGAUCGUGUCAGAUCACGGCGAAUUUCUGAGCAAUCGGAGCGGUGAAGGCCGCCUAGGACUGAUUUUUUUAUUUUUUUUAAAUCCCUGUGAUACCUUCUUUAUUCUUUGUGUAUAUAUACGGACAUAAUAUAAAAUCAGUGGCAGCCAUUGAAUGCAAUUAAAGCAA